AUGAAGCAUGGUUUGCGUUUGGCCCAUGGUUGUUUUGCACUUGCUUCACCUGCGCAGCCGUAUGCUUGCUUCAGAACAUCCCAUUUCACCUCGCAUGGGGACAGUUUGGUCACUGGCUUGGCCCUUGACCUUGAGGCUUUGAUCGAGAACUCCUUUGUUUCAUAUGGAUUUCAUUUGAUGCUGGCAGCUGUGCUGUACGGCCUGAUCGUCGUCUUCAGUCAGAAGACUUUGGCAGAGCGGCCAUCUCGUCUCCGGGUAUCUCUGGCAGCUGACGAGGAUUUGGGUGAGAUCUCAGAAAUCACACCUUCGGCCGCAACAGCUUCAGGAGCUGCUCAGCUUCCGGGGGCUGGCUGUCAGCAAGAGGAGGCAUUGCUAGCUGCUCUCCGGGACCUUGGGGUCACAUCUAUUUCUGAUUUUCGGGAGUUGAAGUGUGGAGAAUUUGUGGAUCAGGUUCACUUGAAUCAGGGUUGUGUUACUUGGAGUGGUUGCAGUGUGACUGAGAUCCGACUGGACGAACGGGAUGAUCCUUUGGGAGCAUUGUCUGACAGUUUCUUGGGGCUCCCUGAUCUGGAGGUCCUCAAGUUGGAAGUCCCCCCAAUCCGAGGAAAUCUCCACAGCUUGCGCAACUGCAGGAAGUUGAAAGAACUUCGCCUCUCCGGGAUCGAAGGAAGUUUGAUCAGCCUGCAAAAUUGCACUAGCUUGGAAAUCCUGGAGAUUGCAGACACCAAGAAGGUUGAAGGAGAUCUGCUGAGCUUGCGAAACUGCAACUUUUUGCGAGAGCUUCGGCUUUAUGGGUCCCAGAUCGAAGGAAAUUUGACCAGUUUGCAAAAUUGCACUAGCUUGGAACUGCUCAGCCUUGGACGGACCAAGGUUGGUGGAGAUUUGCUGGGUUUGCAAAACUGCACCAGGUUGCAGGACCUUUGGCUUGAUAGGACGAGAGUGCAUGGCAACCUGAAUGCUUUUGGAGUUUUGAGGAACUUGGAGUUUUUCGACCUAUCCCACACCAAUACGUCCGGAGAGCUGGAAAGCUUGCGCCACCCUCCACGCCUGGAAAGGUUCUUUGUCGGAGGAACGAAGAUCAAAGGCGCGUGUUUGGAGGACUUCGACGUACGAGCCGCCCUUGGAGAGCUGGGGCUCAAAGAUCCCGAGCUGAAGAACUUGGACUUGCAUGCCACUAAAAUUCUCAAGUUCAGUCAAAGGAACGAUUGUGACCUUGUUGAGAUCAACCUCGGUGGUCGCAGUGAUCUCAGUGGACGCUUGGGCAACAAGAUUCAGCAACUGGAGAAAUUGCAAGUCCUGAUUUUGAAAGGCACCAAAGUUAGCGGAGACUUACAAACCUUGAAGAAUGCCAAAGAUCUUGAAAGAUUAGAUUUGUUUGGCACAGAAGUUACAGGAGACAUUGAUCUACUCAGAAUGCUUCCGUCCCUUUUUGAUGUGGAUGUCUCCAAAACCCGAGUCACUGGCCAACUCAAUUGCGAUUAUUUAGAGUACUCCUGGAAGCCUGGCAAUUUCUUCCCCACAUGGUUUAAAUCUCUGAAUGUGGCUGAUACCAAUACGAGCAUCAUCCUUUCAGGCCUUUUCGAUAGUAUCAACUUUUGCAGCAGUCUGGUCUUCUUGGAUCUUAGUGGAACACGCGUGGAGAACACCUCCACGGCUGGCUUGCUAGAGUCUCUACAGCUCUGCUCUUCUCUAACAACUCUGAAAGUCAGGGGGUGCAAGCUGACCGGCACCUUGCCAGACAUUGCGGCCUGGCCUUUGGCAAACGCUUUGAUGUCCUUGGACCUGUCCUCCAACCGUCUCUCCAGAGUGGAGGCCAUCCCACCUCGGUGCGAUACAUUUUCUGUGUUCGGCAACGAGGGAAUCAGCUUUGCGCCUGGAGUUUUGCAGAAGGCAGUGGCUGAGAGUGUUUUCCUCGACCUUCGGGAUCUUACAUUGGCCAAUGCAGAAGGAGCCACGCUCCUUGCAGAACUUGCAGCUCAGAAAGUGGUACAGAAGACUAGGCACAGAACUAUGGUCGACCGAACGCUUGGAUACGCAUGCUUUGACAUCGCCAACCCUCAGCUUCAAAUCUCGCCGCAGAAGUUUGCGCCCCAUGAGCUGUGCAGUUGCUCUCCUGGCUGGACAGGACUGGGCAUCAGCUGCCGCGCAUGUCCUGCAAAUUCCUUCAAGGAGGACUAUGAUGGCGAGUGCCAGAAGUGUCCAGCAGGGAGCGAGGCGCCUGAAGGUUCCAUCACUCGUCAAGAAUGCAAAUGUAAACUUGGAGAUCUCUUCAACAUGACUGGCACUUGGAAGUGUGGCUGCCCAGCCCAGCAUGUGUUGCUCGAAGACAGUUGCAUGAAGUGUGAGCGCCUGCACCUCAAUUGCUCUUCCCCAGGAACUGAGGCUGUCUCAGCGCAACCGCUGGCAGGGUACCUCCGACUGGGCAAUCGGGCGCGUGCCUUCGAGUGCUUGUCUCCAAACACAAGAUGCAUAGCUUCGAACCUCAAGGCUUCUCAUUGCCAUGAUGGCUACGCAGGGCAACUUUGCAUGGAAUGUGGUCCUGGCUUUUAUGCUAGUGGAGGGCUUUGUGAACAAUGCACGGAAACCUCAGCGAUUCAAUCAUUUCAGAGCCUUCGGCAGGAUUCAGGACUGGUGUUGGCUGCUGUGGCAGCGGUCAUGAUGUUGGUGUUGGCGUUGAUCGCGGGCCUUUGUUGGACGCGGCCCAGCAAUGCUGCGACUGCCCAGUCUGAGAUGCUGACUUCUGGUGGUUCGAAGGUCCUGACUGCUUUGAAGAUGCAGCUGAAAGCCCAAGCACCAUUGUUGUUACAAAUGGUCCAAUUGUGGUCCGUGCUAGCAGUUUUAGCCACCUCCCAAAGUGACUAUACCAACACUUUCGAGGGUGGCAAACUCACGGAUGUCGCCAAUGCCACCAACACACCAACAAACCACACCUCGAAAUCUUUCAUCCUUUGGGAAUUGCCUUAUGUCAAGGUUGUGCAACUUUCAGUGUCCAAUUUGAAAGGCGCAGUGAACCUCCAAUGCAAAUUUGAUGGGGCCACUGUGCGCUUGGCAUUUGCUUUGGCCGCUCCAGUCUUCCCAUUGCUAGUCCUGGUGUGUUGCCUCAUCCUGGAAGUCGUCAACCGUGGGGCUGGUAUUGCGGCUGCGCUUCAGGCGUUAACCCUUCUCUACGUUGGUGGAGCAUCGAGCUGCGCAGAUCUUUUGAGUUGCCAAGAUUUGGAUGGAGCUGGAGAGACUUUACCCAAAGAGUUUGUCUUUCGAAAGUCAAUCCCAUACAUUUUGUGCGAAAGCAGCUCCCCAGUCAAGACCGUGGUUGAUGCAGUGGGCUACAUCGCGGCUGUUUGUUACGGCAUCGUGAUCCCAGUUUGCUUGCUUUAUGUCUAUGCAAGGCAGCGCACAAUGCUGAGAUCGAGCAAGGUGACGGUAUCAUAUGCCUCAUGCAAGGGCAAUCUCAGAGUUUACAUGCAAAAACUUCUCCAGUCUGAAACUGUCAAGAGUUCAGCUAAGGAGGAUGAAUUCUCUCGAUGCUUGGUUGCAUCGGCUGCAGCUCACACAGCUGUACACCUGCGCGGCCGAGUUGGCUUCCAGUUGGCGGAUGGGGCUGCGGUCGUGAAACCGGUCUCGGUCGGCAGCCAGUCCAAUAUGGAUUUGAAUGCCGACUUGCUAGCGGUGCUCGGGCCAGAAGAUGCACAGGAGCAUGCCAAGACCCUGAGGUGUCAAUCUCUUGCAAAGAUGCUCACAGAGCGAGUGGUCCUUCAAGACAUCAUUCAGAGUGACAGAGUUCUGUUGGGUGGAAAGCAGUUGCUUCUCAAAUACAGGUUUUGCCAAAAUCUAUGGAUGGAGAUAGCGCAGAAAUUGGUAGCAGUGGCCCUGGUGUCGGUUGUCAACAGCGCUGAUGCCUUGCAGUUCUCUUUGGGCAUUGCUUUGACCAUGGCAGCCACGAGUCUCAUGGUGCAGCCCUAUCUCCAGCAGCAGGUCAACACACUCCAGUGUUUCUGCUUUGUUUGCUUGGGACUGGCAGCACUGAGUUUCAAAUGCCAGUGUCCAUGGUUGAGCCGUGCUGCCCUGCUAUUGCCCUUUGUAUUGAGCACCUUCCAAGCCCUGCGACCUGACAGUGUGGAGGCCUUGGCCAUAAGGCUUUGGGAGGAGCUGGAGCCUCGCAUGGAAGCCUUGAAGCAAGGUGAGACGGUAGAAGUCACUGCAGAGACCUACAGCUUCAUAUGAUAUUUAAAUGUAAUUAAUUUAAUAUGCCUGAGAUUCCGGGAGAUGCGAAGACAUGCAUCAAUCCAUGCAGUUCAAUGCCAUUCCCUUCUAAUUAUUCAAUGUUAUGUGAUGCAAUGUGAUGCAAUUAAAUGCCGAAUGAAUGACUUGAUUUAUGCCCUGCGGGAGG